GCUAACGGGGAACGAGCCCCUGACCAUCCUCCCUCUGACCUCAGAAAUGGAGGAAGCUGCCGUCAAAGCCCACUACAAAGUCUGUGACCGCCUGAAGCUGGAGAAGAAGCAGCGCAGGAUGUGCCGGCGGGACCCCGGCGUGGCCGAGACCCUGAUGGAGGCCAUCAGCAUGAGCGCCCUGGAGUGCCAGUACCAAUUUCGCUUUGAGCGCUGGAACUGCACCCUCGAGGGUCGCUACCGGGCCAGCUUGCUAAAGAGAGGUUUCAAGGAGACAGCCUUCUUGUACGCCAUCUCCUCUGCAGGGCUGACGCACGCCAUGGCCAAGGCGUGCAGUGCGGGGCGGAUGGAGCGUUGCACCUGCGACGAGGCCCCCGACCUGGAGAACCGUGAGGCUUGGCAGUGGGGCGGCUGCGGCGACAACCUGAAAUACAGCAACAAGUUCGUCAAGGAGUUCCUGGGGAGGAAGCCCAACAAGGACCUGCGAGCCAGGGUGGACUUCCACAAUAAUCUCGUGGGCAUGAAGGUCAUCAAAGCUGGAGUGGAGACAACCUGUAAAUGCCACGGCGUAUCUGGAUCCUGUACUGUUCGAACGUGCUGGAGGCAGCUCUCUCCAUUCCAUGAAAUAGGGAAGCAGCUGAAGCAGAAGUAUGAGACAUCGCUCAAAGUGGGCAGCACUACCAAUGAGGCCACGGGGGAGGGAGACAUCUCCCCACCCAAGAAGUCCAUCCCUGGUCACAGUGAUCAAAUCCCAAGGACUACGGAUCUUGUCUACAUUGACGAUUCCCCAAGCUUCUGUAUGAUGAGUAGAUACUCUCCUGGGACUUCAGGAAGGAAAUGUUACAAAGACAAGAACUGUGACAGCAUCUGCUGCGGGCGAGGGCACAAUACGCAGAGCCGGGUGGUCACCCGUCCGUGCCAAUGCCAGGUCCGUUGGUGCUGCUAUGUGGAAUGCAAGCAAUGCACCCAGAGAGAAGAGGUUUACACCUGCAAAGACUGACGACUCUUCUGCUUGAUGGCAACACUCGGUGACGGGCGAUGGCGAUCUGAGAACUACAUUUGGAGACAAACAGGGUUUGAUUGACCUUCUGGGAUCUGAAAGCUAUGUUGAGACAUAAGCACUUUGUAGGGUACAGGUGACCCAGCUGUGUUGCUGUUUUGUUUUUGUUUUGUUUUGUUUUCCUGUAGACUGAAUUUUAAUGAGGUCCAACCAUGUGGAAAUAAGUGCCUGUCACACUGGGGUUAGACACCAGUUGACCUUCACCUUAGUCGUCUACGCAGUUUGACAGAUCAUUUAUCCUUGGAACAUCUUGAUCGUUUCACCAAUCCUCCAUGAACUCCUGGGCUAAUAUAUUCUUUUUGGCAUAAAUAAUCUAUACUACUUUAUUCCUGAAGCUUACCCAACUGCUUAG